GUCGCUAAUGAUAUCCAUUACUCGGAGUCACAGCUCGAGACUGACUAUGAUUUAGAUGUCAGCGAUUUUCUGGUGUGGUCGACAAUCGCCACAUCCCUGGCCAAAUGGUCGGACACGAAAAAAGCGAAAACCCGUAAACACUACGAGGAAAGGGCUGCGAAAAACAGGACACACCGGCGGCAUAGGCGGCGCCGGGACGAGGAGAUGGUGUGCUAUAAGAACUUCGGCUGUUUUCGCGAUGAGGGGCCGUUCGACUAUUUAGAUACCUUACCGGCCAGUCCCGAGUCCAUUGCCACG